AUGGAGGUCUUUUGUCGAAAUGUCCCUCAGGACUUAUCGGAAGACAGCUUAAAACGCGAACUUCUUCCUUUGAUGAUGGCCCUGAGAAUCUCGGAUUUCUAUUGCGAAAAACCCAAGAGAAAACCUCAAGCGUGGAUAAAGUUUCUCGAACCCGGUGAUGGCCAAGCAUUUCUCAGCAAACAUGGCAAGCAAGCACAGCAAGGAGAUUACAGAAAGGAGAAUUUCAAUCCACAAUAUCCCUUCAAACUAUACACCAAACCCAAGGAAAUACCACGACUGUUUAUUCUAAAGGCGCCUGUCUACGUGGUGAAAAGCACUCGACCUGUUGACAAAUUCUCGAUCGCACAUCUCAAGCACGAACGCGAGAAGAAGCAAAAAAAGCCUGCCGCGACCAAGGAUCGCCAAACUCAGGUGCAAGCAUUUAACAUCUUAGAAAUCAGCUGCGGUGGCAAUACCUUCUACGGCCCUGAGAAAACCAUCACAUUCGUUGAACACAACCGAUUGGUUCUCCCCAGGGGUGUUAUUGGCAAAUUCACGCCUCAGUGGUUGACCGUCCAGAAUGAAGCUGGAAACCGCAUGGACUUUCAUAAGGAUACUAUCCAGGACCUUAUUGCCAGUCGCAGCGAUGCGUCUCUCACCUUGGUCUUGACUGAACCCCCAAGGAUGUACACGCCAUACAGGUCGGAUAACUCAAGUCAGCAAUGGAAAAGAGAGCAAGAGUUAGCCAGCUGGAAUUUGAUCCGUGACUACUCAUCAUCUUGCCUUGUCUACCGCAUCUCCUUCCAUGGUGUAUCUGCCUUCGAUGACGUCUUGCAGUCUCUCAAAAGCCAAAACAUUCUUGCCAUCACCAACCACGAUCUGCCUUCAGUACCGUGGAGGUAUUUGGAACCUGGGAGCAACCAUUUCCUCGGGCGGCAGCAGUUUAUGGAGAAGGCUAAGCGCCUUGUCUCCGCGGGCAAUGUACACUUUGCAUUUCUGUUCCAGGUUCAGGCUCUCGUGUGGAACAACUUCAUAAACCCCGCCAGUGGUAUCGAGCUCUUAGAUCUUAUAGACCGAGUUAUCGGAGAUGCGAAAGAGAAAAAGGUCGCGGCACCUAUCACAACUGACGCCAUGAAGGUACUGUUUCAGAAGAUCCCGUACCCUUGCCCUGGUACCGACCCCGAGGAGUUGGACGUUGUGACUAUCAUGUCGGAUAUCAUGAAGUCUGAAUACGAGGCUCGGGCGGAAAGCCCUGAGAGAGACAGAAUUUAUGGAUCUCAUAUCCCAGAGAAUCAAAUCUGGAUCUUCAGAGCCCUGGUGACCCCAACCCGUGUGCUCCUCACUGGGCCCGAUCCAGAAAGCAUGAACAGAGUAUUACGCAAAUAUUCUGCCUACAAUGACUAUUUUUUGCGAGUCCUCUUCUGCGAAGAAGAUGGGCAAGACCUCAGUUUUCAUCCAAAGGUCGACAACGAACGGAUUUAUUCCCAUUUCCGACGUGUCAUGGAUGAGGGCAUCCUUAUCGCAGGGAGGAAAUACAGCUUCCUCGGAUUCUCACACUCUUCCCUCCGAUCUCACUCGGCGUGGUUCUCUGCGCCUUUCACCGACGCGGAUUUCCAACGGCAGGUGCCUGAGGUUAUUUUGAAGUCCCUGGGAGACUUCAGUGGAAUCCGAGUCCCAGCAAAGUGUGCAGCACGAAUUGGCCAAGCCUUCUCGGAGACCCCACAUGCUGUCCCGAUAUUUGAGGCCAGAAUCAUGCAAAGGUAUAUUCCAGAUGUCAAGUCAACUGACAAGUCUCGUAUCUUCAGCGAUGGUGUUGGUACAAUCUCCAAAGAAGCCCUGGAAGCAAUUUGGCCUUAUCUGUCAAUGCAAGCUGCAAAGCCAACAUGCCUUCAGAUCCGAUGGGCCGGUUGUAAGGGUAUGCUUUCAUUGGACACCAGACUUAAGGGUAAAGUGUUUUGCAUUCGCAAAGAAUCCAUGAUGAAGUUCCCAAGCACUGAUAUUGAGGAGCUCGGUAUUUGUGACGCGUCAUCUAAACCUCUACGGCUUAUGUUGAACCGCCAGAUGAUCAAGAUUCUAGAGGAUAUGGGGACUUCUGCUGACUGGUUCUUGAAGCUGCAGAAUAAUGCACUCAAUAUCCUACGCAAUGUCACUACCAAUGCCACCAACACGAGUUUCUUCCUGGAGUACCAGUCAAUUGGUGUGAGCUUGGGUCUGCCCAAGCUAGUCAAGCAGCUGGAGAAAAUGGGAAUUGACUAUCGUCGUGAUAGUUUCAUGAGAUCAGCGGUUGAGCAUGUCGUCUUGAGAGAACUGCGACUCUUGAAACAUAAAGCUCGAAUUCCUGUUGACAAAGGACUUACACUAUUUGGCGUUAUGGAUGAAACAGGGUUUCUUGAAGCCAAUCAGGUCUACGUUACCUAUGACAAGACACAUGGAUUGUACCACGGUCGACGUAUCAAUUCCACUCUGAAGGACGGUCGAGUCAUAGUCACUCGGUCGCCAGCUCUUCAUCCAGGAGACAUCCAGGUCGUCCGCCAGACUACUCCUCCGCAAGGACACCCAUUGAGAAGCCUACAAAACUGCAUCGUCUUUAGCCAGAAGGGAGACCGCGAUUUACCAAGCAUGCUCAGCGGGGGAGAUCUAGACGGAGAUAUCUACAAUAUCAUAUGGGACGAGGAAGCAAUACCCGAAAUGUACUUCGAUCCUGCAAACUACCCGAGGGUUACGCCGCAACCUCUGAACCGUGAGGUUAAUCCCCAGGAUAUUGCGGACUUCUUCAUCGACUUUAUGCGUACCGACAUCCUGGGGAUGAUUGCGACUCGACACGUAAUCUUAGCGGACUAUCACCCAGAAGGUACAACUCAUCCUGACUGCAUUGAGUUGGCUGAAUUGCACUCCACAGCUGUCGACUUCUCCAAGACGGGUAUUCCCGUCGAUUUUAGAUCCUUGCCAAAGAACCCUCCGUUUCGUCCCGAUUUUCUUGCAUUGGCACCUCCAUUAAAGCUUUAUGACAAGGGACAACUAGUACACAUCGUGGAUGAAGAGGAAGACGACAACGCGGAUGAUGGCAUGGCUCGCUACAAAACGAAGCAUUACCCUUCAGAGAAAAUGCUCGGCCAGCUGUAUCGAAACGUUGAUGAGAAGAAGAUUUGGGAUGAGGAUAUCCACCGCAGCAUCAACACAGCUGGGCCGUCGGUUUGGGACCAGCUGUUGACCAUUGUGGAGACCGAGAUCGUAAGAUACAACCUUGAUGUUGAUUGGACCCGUAGUUCUGAGGAGGCUUGGAAGAUUCGAGGACUGUACGAGGCAUCCAUAACCGACAAGAUGUGGCACUUUUCCGAAAACGCACGGUCAAGUUUAACCGAAGUUGAAGUAUUCUGCGGAUUUAUUCUCAACAAGCGUGGUGCUCAAACCCGACGCCAGGGCGAUUCGUCCAUCAAACUCAAAGAGGAGACCGAUCGUAUUAUGACAUGGAUUGUCAAGCAGAUCCGUGACCGAGGUGUAAGUGACGACGCAGAGACCAUGAGCACGGCGACUGGGGUAAGCGAAGUCUCUUCUAGAUGGAGAGAAGACGUGGUAGAGUUGUGUUGGGCGUGUGUAGCUGUUGGAUGUAUCAAGAAGGAGAAUGCGCCGCUGGUGUAUCAUGGUACCGGCGAGCUGGAAAGUUUUCGAAUUGUUGCGGCAUGUUGUCUGAUGAAAGAACUUAACAGCCUGGUUGCGAAGAUGGAUCUCCUCGCUGGGGGAGGCUAUGUCGGUGUUGGACGUGGUGGUCGAAGUGGUCGGGCUGGACGCGGCGGACGAGGUGGGAGUUUGACGCUUCCUAUUCGAUGA